AUGGGAUGCCACAUUAUAAAAUAGAAUCAAACAACUUCAAAAUUCAACAUGUCUUAUUGUAAUUAUCAACCAUUAUCUCACUAUAAAUUAAGCGGAGUUUUCUAUUCUUUAGCAAUAAAUAGUACUAAUUCUUUACUUGUUGUUGCUUCAGAUUGUGAAAUACAAAUUUUUUACUUUAAAAUGGGAAAUUUGAAGUAACUUUAAGUAAUUCAGCUCCAAGCUUACAAUAUUUACCUGCUUACUUUUUGUAAAUAAAAGGCAUUUUUUUUAUCAGCCUAAAGUGACUCUUCACUUGCCAUCUGGAAUUCUAAUCUCAUUUCUAAACCUAAAUUUAUCUGCAAAUUAUUUGGGCAUUCUAAAGAAAUCAUUUGCAUAGCUCUUCAUCCUCUAGCUGAAGAACUGAUAGUUACAGGCUCACAUGAUAGCCUAAUAAAAUUUUGGUAUAUACAACAACGGUGGUAUUGUAGAUAGACAAUUUCUAAACACACUGAUUCAGUAACCUCUUUAAUAUUUCACUCAACUGGAAACUAAUUAAUCUCUUGUAGUAAGGAUAAAUCAAUAUUAAUUUUUGAAGGAUCAAAUUAGAAGCUAUGGUAAAUUAAAUAACAUAUUCAAUUGCCAAAUUAUGGAUAUCGUUCUUCGUAUAUAUCAAAUAAUAUGUUUAUAUUUCACCCAAAUACUGAUUAGGAUGAUUUUCAUCUUCAGAUUUUCAAAUUAAAUCCUUCUCAACAAGAAUAUGAAGAAUUCUUUUAAAUACUCAUUAAAGGAAAGAAAUAAUUUUGCUAUUAUUACUUUCCUUGUACUUACAAUAAUUCAAAGUGUAUAUUCCUUACAAAAAACGGAUGCUUUAUCAAUAUACUGACGAUCAUCCCUUCCACAGUUAAGAGCAGGUUUUAUUUUUAAUUGGAUUAAACAAUAGAGUUUGAAAAUAAAUAUAUUAAUGGAAUUUUGAGUGAUGAUGGAGACUUUUUGAUAAUUUGGGAUGAAGAAUCAGAAUAAUUGCAAAUAAGAUAACUCUAAUAACAUAUCUAAACUAACUUUUUAUAGUGA